AUACGGCGCUUAAAAAGCGGUUAAAGUUUUGUUGAAGUUGCCUUUUGUAGUAUAUUGUGACGCGCUGCAACUAGGUUGUAAAUUCUGAAAGAGUGACCAUGCCUGUUACGGGAAAAUAUGUACCAUUCAGUGAUGGUGAAAACUCUGCAUCAUUCAUAAAAGAGCACAGCUGUAUAUUAUAUGCACCUGAUGAUCUUGCCCGGGCUCCAAAGUGUCACCAGCAGCGAACUGUGCUGCAGGACCUCUGUCUCAACACCAGACAAUCUCUUCAUCAUGAGAAGAGUGGGGCAGGAGGCUGCAGCAAUCCAGCUUCCACACCUGUAGCCGUCAACAAAUCCGAUCACGAGGCACACGUGCAGUUUGCUCGAGAAUUCGUCGUCGAGUUAGUGGAGACUGUACCCAAGAAAAGUGAAAAGGCAGCUCUGACUAAACAUUUGGAAGAAGAGGAUGUUGUUUCUGUGAAAUCUGUGACACCAUCUGAAGGCAGUCUGCAAAGUGGCAUCAGUGUUGCAGGAAGUACUUCUUUACCUGAUUUGUUACAGCCAGAAUUUGUCUACAAGAAACAAACAGAUACAGAUACAGACACAACUGAAUACGAGAGUGCUGCAGAGAUUGAUCCCCUUGAUGCAGGGUCUCCUGUUGGGAGCCUUAUUGCCAGGGAUCUCCUCUCAGGCUUCCAAGGGGCUUUAGAUGAAAAAGGGAAAGUGACAGAAAGUGCAGCUGCUGGAAGUCCUGUUGAGCCAGCUGCCAGUAACAAAGCUGAAAGCAUUGAGAGCAGCAUUAUAUCAUCUGAAUUUGAAAAGACAUUUGAAUACAAAACAGUCACAACUGAUAACUCUGUGUCACGAGGUAGUGAAUCCUCUUCUCUGUCAGAAGCAUAUGAAGAUGCGGGUGAUACAGCAGUCAAAACUUCAGCUGGUGAACUCAAAGUGAAAGCUCUUGAUAUUAGUGGUUUAUGUUUGUGUAUUGGUAAUUUAUGCUUGGAUAGUCCAAGAAGAACAGAAAAGGGCAAUUUAUCGUUUGAUAAUAAGGACUCGGUAUACAAUUCAAAUUCAAGCUCUGACAUUUCAAUCCCAGUUAGUAAAAUUGAUAUAAUUGGGUCUGGGAAAUGUACACAGGUUACUAAUCAGCUUGAAGUUUUUUCACGUACUUCAUGUGGUGAUUCCACAUUUUUUCCUGAAAACAGUGAAGAAUCUGGUCUGGGAGUCUUAAAGAACUUAGAAACAACUAACAAAGCUGAUGGAGUUGAAAGCCCUCAGAAAUUUCCUGUUUUAUUUGAAGCUGCUAAGACAUUUGAUUCUGGGGCUUUUUCAGUAGAAGAUAACCUUCCAGCUUUAGUUGAAAACGGUGCCAACACAACAAGAACUGUUAAGAUUGACAGGAAUGUAGAAGCGGAAGUCAGUAAGACUGUUAUAGAACAUAAUCACGCUGACAUUCAUCAAGCUGUCGCUGAAAGUAAUGAAAUUCAGGACGAGAUCCCAUUUGUAGUAGAAUAUAGUGAGAAAGCAGUCUCAAAGGAAUCUGAUAUACAUAAUACGGAAAACAUUCAGGUAUGUCAGUGUAUAGUUACUAUUAAUGAGGCACAAGAAAAUCAUGUAGUAGAUGUUACCAAAGGCUUCAGAAAGUCUGAUAUUGUAGAGAAAAUUUGUCUCACUGAAGCUGAAGACAUUAACUCGGCUCCUGCCAAAUCCACGACCCCCAUCGGCAUUGCGUUUGAUGUUGAAGAACCUUUGUUGUCUACAAAUGUAACAGAUUCUGUUGAAGAAACUGAGAAUUGUCUCAGAGGUAAAUCAUUACAAGACUUAGAUUCUACAUGGACUUCUACAUCACAUGAAGAUUUGAUUGUUGAAAAGGAAGCAGUUUCACAAUUUACUGAUUCUGCAGUUCAUAACAAGUCUGAGCCAGAAGCUGGAAUCGCUCUUACAUCUGCUGAAGUGCCAGACAUUUCAGAUCUUAUUGUUGCACCUAUCCCUGCCACUUUUGCGCACAUUGAAGCUGGAGAAUGGAAAUUGCCAGUUGAGACAGAACAGUUACAAAAGGUUGUUAAGGAGACACCUACUGUUUUGAAUGAGCUCUUUGAAAUCUGUAACCGCCAGCAGAAAGACCUAGAACUAGACAGUGAAAAGUUUGUUGAUGGUACAGAAUUUUUUAGUUCUCCGUCCAAGCCAGGAAAUUUGAGUGAGAAGGUUGAAUUUCAUGUUCCUCAUAGCCCUGUUCCCUCCAAAUUAAAAGAAAGUGUCUUUGAUCAGCCAGCUGCAGGUGAAUUCGAAGAAUUUGAUCAAACAAUAGCUGAUGAAGCUGAAAGUAUAUUGCAAGAGAUUAUGAACUCAUCUUCUGAAUGUUAUGAAACAGCUUUAACAGAAAGUGACAAUAGACAUUUAAACAGUACUCAACAAACUAAUUUGCUGAAUAUUACCAAGGUGAUGGCAGAUGCACAAAGAGUGUCCAGUAGUACAGCUGCCGUGGAUGAGACCAGUGUCGGUCCCUUUGUCUGUCAGGCAUCCUUGCAUCGGUCUCCACCACCAUACUGUAAAACUUCUCCAAGAUCAUCAAGCUCAGUUCCCAGUCCUUGUGAGUCACAAUGCACAAAGUCAAAGAUGUCAUCCAUAAAUGCAGUGAAAGGCGGUUCUCCAUGUAACCAUGUAUCAGGAGGUGCUUCUCCAAGUACCUGCUCAGGGAAAAACAGCCCAGAUCACAGAACUUCCUGUAACAAGGAGAGCUCACCCAAGAGUUCAGUCAACCCAGAGGUGAAUCAGAGUGAAGCAGGACCUGAGAUUGCAGAUACACAGUUGUACAGUAGAGAUGUGUUUCAGGACCCUGCAGCUUUUGAGUAUUUGAGCUCAGUGGGCAGUUCUCAUGUAGCAUCAGAUUUACGUAAGGAAUCUCUGUAUGUGAAAUUUGAUCCACUAGUGGGAGGAGUCUGCAGGACUACUGAUAAGUCAUUACCUCUGCCUCCUUCAGUAGAAACAAAAAGCUCCGUGCCUGCAGCUACAAGUUCUGGGGAGGAGCAUCAGUCUGGAAAUACAACGCCUGUCAAGAAUCCUGCUCUCUCAGUCAUUGAUAAAUUGAUCUCACUCAGUCCAUCACCUUUGAAGUCAUGCCAGAUAUCACCCACCGAACAGCCUGUCAUCUCACCUGUAAAGGAGUCUGUUCCAGCAUCAGAUAGACAGGUGGCAGCUGACAGCUGUUCAGGGACAGUGAUUAGAACCAAUGAAACUAUAAUGGAAGAAUUGUAUCUGUUGCGGAAAUUGUGUGCAACACAAGACGAGAAGUACAAAGAAAGGAUGGCUCAGCUAGAACGGGAAAUUGUAACCUGCCGAGGUCAUGUGGAAAAUUUGCAGUCUUUGGUCAAAGAGAGUGAAGAACGUGAGACUAAACUGAACGAGAAAAUGGUUGAGAAGGCUCAGGCACAAAAGCAAACGAGCAUUAUCAUGGAGGAAUAUGAGAAGACAAUAUCAAGACUUGUUGCAGACAAGGAGCAAGAGCGGCAGGCACAUGAACUGGACAAGGCAGAGCUCCUCAAAGACCGGGAUGCUGCAAUGGGCCAUCUUGCUAACAUAGAAAUAGCAUUUUCUGACCUACACAAAAAAUAUGAGAGAAGUAAAGCUGUAAUUGAAGAUUUCAAAAAGAAUGAGGAGGUUUUGAGGGCGAGUUUAGCAGAGUAUGAGGCCACUAUUCGCAAGCAGGAGCAGAAGUAUGACAUGCUGAAAUCCCAUGCCAUGGCUCAGUUGGAAAGUGCAAAUCAAGAAUUGGAUUCUGUGCGUCGUAGUCAGCAGGCAGAGACUGCCAAAUUGAAGGCAAUGCUGAAGAAAGCAGAAGUAAAAGCAAGCUCACUGGAAGAAAUGUUAGAACAGAAAAUAAAAGAAAAUCAAGAGCUUGCUUCCAUUUGUGAUGAUCUUAUAAGUAGAGUUGGUGGCAGUGAAUAAGCUGAGCUUGUCAUGGUUGUUUUGCUUCUACUCUGGUAGGAUGCAGCCAUUUGCUGCAUUCUUAAUAAUAAUACAUAGAAAUAGAAUAUAUGAGCAGAUUGGCUCAGCAGGAUUUUUCCAAGUUUGAAUUUUUGAGACACCUGUUUCAGUUUUCAACCAUGGAACUGUGUACUACAUCCUGAUGCAAUGUUUGUGCUGUUCCCAUAUCUCUCCAGGCAAGUACUGCAGCAGUACUUCUUGAACAAGCUAUGAUUUUUUUCAGCCUUACCUAGUAAUCAUUGCAGUUAAUACAAACAAGAAUUGGUGCAAGCCCAAAUGCAGAAUUGAAAAAAAUUAAAGGAGUUGUCAAACCAACCUCAAAUACCGCAUCAUUAAAACGUGCCAGCAGUUUUUCCCAUUUCACCAUAUGCAGUUUUUCUUGAUCAGUGUUUCAUAACCUUGCAGUUGAUAUAGCAUCAUUAAAUAACCUACAAAUCAUUUCAGAAGAAAAAUCGUUGCCACACAAAGAAAACAUAUUAAGUUGAAAUGAAUGUGGUGGCUACAUGUGGUAUGAUAAUGUGCUAGAUUGUAACACAGUUUCACUUUUGUUCACUGGGAUUCAUAACAUAAGAAAUUUGUCUUUAUUGUUUGCAUCCUGCUAUAUAUUACUAUAUGGUAUUAUACAACCAUCAACACAACAAUUUCAUAAUAAAUAAACCAAUAUUCCAUUUCAGUGUUCAUUUAUUAUGUACAGUUUGUACAUGAUUUGAUCCAGCUAGAUCUUCAUUAGACAGUUUUCAUUAAAUGUAGUAACUCAUUAUUGAAUUGUAUUUCUAAUGUGGAUCCAUAUUAGUGAUCAUUAAUAUAAAUUUAUUUACAAUUCCUGUGUUUUUUUAUAUUUUAAUAGUCUUAAACUGUAAAACGUUAUAACUCAUAGUCUAGACACACAAUAGGAAUACACCCAGCACCAUAAAAUACAUGGGUGUGUAGAUGGGACUACACAUUGAAUAUUAGAAUUACAAAACAGAGGCACAGCAGUUUCCUCCAGCAAUUUCUAAACACCUGAUGAUGACCAAUGACAGUUGAAACAUGUAAUGCAAUGUACAAGAGCUUUUAAAUAAGGUUUAAAAGACACGUGUAUGCAAGAAACUUAAGUUUUAGAAGGAUGCGUUGCAUGUCAGAUGGUGAACCAUUGACAUCUGAUGUGCAACAGGAUCCUACAAUAUAAUGUUGUAACUCGGUUAAAAGUUAAAAAGUCUUUUGUUUAUAUGAGCAUGAAGUUCACGUCUGUGAUAUAUCAUGGAGGGGUUUUCUACGAGUCUUUCCAUAUGCAAGUGAUCUGUGUUGUAUUUUCCUUUUGUGGUACUGUGAGUGAUGGUGGUAAAUGUAUUAUGUAUAUUGUGUCCUGCACAGGGUGCCACAUCUUCUUGCUAACAGAUAGCAGUUGUUCCCCUUCUUUGGUUCUGUUUUUACUAACUACUGUUUAAUGUCAUGGUGGUUAUGUGUCAUAGGUCAUGUGGUGUUCAUUGGGAAGGGGGGCAUAUUUGGUGGUGUGUAUCUACAAAGGUAUCAUUCAUUUGUAAUCUUUGUUUCUUAAAUUAUAUACAUGGAAUCAUUCAAGUGUAUUUAGUGAUUGGCCUUUCUUUUCAUUAUAUAGUAUUUCUAAUGUUUCAUCACUUGUGCCCUAUGUGUGUCCUGUGUCAAGUAUAGUGUCCGGAUGAACGGUAUCCAAAAAUUUAUAUCUCGGAAACUAAUUGUCAUACACAUAUCCAGUUUAUGUCAUCAGAAAGGAAAACUCUGAAAGUUUUUUUUUUCAUACCCAGCUUACGCGCAUACGCUGCCACAUUUUUUCCACCAUGUUAGGAAUCGCCUGGACGGAGAUGGAUGGGAUAUGAAUUGGCAGAAUUGAACCAAUUGCUUCGCCUCCCUGGUCACCAGAUUUAACCCCACUGGAUUUUUUCUUGUGGGGUUAUAUGAAGAACAUUUUCUACCAAGCUAAGCUCAAUGGCCUUCAACGCCUGAAAGCCCACAUAACGGACGCUGUGGCUACAAUAACACCAAACGUGCCUUGAUAUUUGUCAUGCCACCAAGGGAGCCCACAUUUAAAUUUACUGAGAAAGUUAUAUACGGAGAAAAAACUUUUAUGGUUUCCCUUUGUAAUGGUGUAACCCAUUAAUAAUGUAACGUGUUUGGAAUAGACACUUCCAUGGUAACGCAAUAGCAGUGAGCCAUUGCAUAGAGAACGCUGAAUCUCCACAGAGAUGAACAACC